AUGCGACAUCGAAAACAACGACCGAUCAAGCCUCCGCCCACUGCUGUCACGACCAUUUCCGUUCCAUUCCUUGCGACAAGUCUUGCGUACAACCAACCGCCUUCGAAUUUUCGCUUCCACCAUGACAUAAUCGACUCGACACCUGUCUUUCUGUCCGACUCACCUGGACCGUUUCCGCGUCCUUCUUUCGCUUGCCCCUCCCCGACGCCGGUCCCUGUCCGACUGAUUCCCGUCUCCAAACCUGGAUUCGCCUCCCCAGAUUCGCAUCGCGACCUAAUCACCACCGCCCACUUCGCCUCUUUCCACCAAACCGUUCACCUCGCUUACGAGCACCAGCACCGACAGCACCAGAUCCUCGGCCACCAUCAAACCUCCAAUGCCGUCGUCAUCGGCAGCGGCAGCGGCAGCGGCAGCCUCUGCAUCGACGAACACGCCGGCAUCGCAUCAUUCAUUAGUGAUUUGAGCCCGGCUCAGACGUCUCCCACUCACGCCUCUGCGCCGCGCGGAGCUUUGUCACCAGCAUCAACAACCUCCAAUGUCUCCCCCUUCCGCGAUCGUCUGAGCGACUUCGCCAACUACCGUCGAGACUUGGCCGUCCUAGAGACUUCCGGCGGCCGUCUGCCCUCCAUUCAUCAACAACCACCAACGGCCACGCCUUCCUCAAACUCUCAAGUCGCUCCCUGGAUGUCGCCCUCCAACGGCGGUGCCACCGCAUCCACCCCUCAGACCCAGCUGAACACGACCUUCUACAAUGAUUCCAGUGACAACCUGUCCAUCGCAUCUCAGCUAUCGCCCGGCUUCCGUCCUCCUACGAAUCGAAUCGCCCACCAGUCGUCCGGCAGCCAGGACUCGCCUGACGCUGCGUACUUUGCCGACGAGAGAAGGCCUUCGCUGGCCAGCAUAACGACUCUGAGCAGUCAGGGUUCCAAGACGAGCAUUCGAAGAGGUGGACUGCAAAAACUCCAGGGUUUCUUUGGCGAGGAAUUUCCCGGUCGAGACGGUUCGGAAAGCAGCUUGCACUCGAGUUCGGGAAAGGACCGCUCGCGUUCCUACAGUCACAGCCGCCCGACCAGAGAUCGCAACUACUCCAACGCGACCGACCAUCCACGAGAUCGAGAAGGCUCGCCUUCCUCUUCGAGACCUAGAACACCAGUGCCGGCUCCUGAAGUUGUGCCGUUCCUAUACCAAGAAGCCGACGAUAUUGCCAGGUACGGCGAGGCCCCAGUCAGAGACAUUUUGAGCGGCCCCGACCGCGAACGUUACAUGAACAACGAAAAUCCCAACAACCCGCAAAAUCCACCAAAGACCUCCUCAUCAAGUCGCUCCGGUCAUUCAAUCGUGCAUCUGCCCGGCCACCAUCAUCGCCACAACAAAAGCAUCGAUGAUGGCAGGGCGCUUCGACCGACUGUAAGCAGGGAAGAUUCUCAAGCGAGCUUGCAGGUCCAGAACCCCCGGGAACGAGGCGGUUCGGCUGCCACCGUCAUGUACAACUCCAAUCGAUCCCGCGCCCAAAGCCCGACACCGAGCGGCGGCUACUUCAAUUCGAGACACAACCCUUCCGUCGACGGUUCGACUUCCCCCGGCGGCCAGCAGCAACCGCAUCAUCACUCGAAAAGAAAUAUUUUGAAUCGAUUAAGGGGGAGGAAACAGGACAAGGACGAUGGCACGUCUAGGCUGCGCGAAUUGCCCGGGUCUACGAGGUCGCUGGCCGCGAAGCCAUCGCGAACCGACUUUGCCCGACCGGAAAUGUCGCCUUCCACGUUUCCCCUCAACUACGCCGGCACCGAACCCGGGCCAGACCAAGACCCACGACUGGCCAACUAUAACAAUCGAAACCAGACUUUCAACAACAGAUUCCCCUUUUCGAAAAGCAAAGGCCGCCAACAACGGCCGACGGAUAUACAGGAUGAGCAGAUUGGCCCGACAGACAGGCAGGCCGGCGGCUCUGGCACCGUGUUCCACUUGGACACCAAUCUGAAUGACAUGAAGGGCAUUCUCACCGAGCCAAAGCCGCUCACGCCGAUGGAUAAUAAAUUCAUCCAGACCAUUGUCACCAGGGACGAACCUCCUCCGGUGCCAGCGAAGCCCGAAGCUCUUCCCCAGGGCGGACCUAAUGGCGCCAACGGCGCCUGGAACGCCCCAGACAGCUGGGCUGUUCGCCGCAACACCGAAGACACCACCUACCAACCCCCAGAGAUCGACGAUAUCGGCAGUCCGCCACGCCCAGAGGAGAAGAUGACGCCAUACUGCAUUCGCAUAUUCAGGUCCGACGGUACCUUCGCGACGUUGUCAAUGGCCCUUGACGCGAGCGUUACCGAUGUCAUCUCGCAGCUGAUUAAGAAGACGUAUGCGACUGACGGUUUGGAGAACUACCACAUCAUCCUGAAGAAGCACGACUUGGUCCGUGUUCUCUCCGCCGCAGAACGGCCACUGUUGAUGCAGAAGAGGCUGCUUCAACAAAUCGGCUACGAAGAAAAGGACAAAAUCGAGGACGUCGGCCGCGAAGACAACAGCUACCUUUGCCGUUUCAUGUUUCUGUCAUCCAGAGAAAGCGACUUCCAUUCUGUCACCAACGACCUCGGCCUUGGACGCAUACAAAAAUUCAACCACGUGGACCUGUCUGGUCGCAACCUAAUCACCAUCCCGAUCUCCCUUUACUCCAAGGCCGGAGACAUCAUCUCUCUCAACCUUUCCCGCAAUCUAUCCCUUGAUCUUCCCCGAGACUUCAUCCAGUCUUGCCAGAACUUGCGAGACAUCAAGUUCAACAACAACGAAGCUCGAAGACUACCUCCGAGUCUCGCCAAGGCUGCAAGGCUUACCUAUCUUGAUGUCUCGAAUAACCGAGUCGAGCAACUGGACAGUUCCGAUCUGGACGGCUUACAUGGCAUUCUUAAGUUGAACAUGGCCAACAACCGACUCAAGGCUCUUCCCGCAUACUUCGGUGCCUACAGGGCCCUGCGAAACCUCAACAUCUCGUCAAACUUCCUUGAUCAAUUCCCAUUGUUCCUUUGCAACGUCGGCAGCUUGGUCGAGUUGGAUCUCAGCUUCAACAACAUCAGCAGCUUGCCCAACGAAAUUGGCAAGCUUCAAAACUUGGAAAAAUUGGUCAUGACCAACAAUAGGCUGUCUGGUUCCAUGCCAAGCUCCUUUCGUCAGCUCACCGCCCUUCGAGAAUUGGACAUCAAAUACAACGCCAUUAACAGCAUUGACAUCAUCUCCGAGCUGCCCAAGUUGGAGAUUCUGUCCGCAGACCACAACUACGUAUCCCAGUUCGUUGGUAGCUUCGAAAGGAUUCGAAGCCUGAAACUCAACUCGAAUCCUGUUACAAAGUUUGAGAUUAACGAACCGGUAUUGACGUUGAAGAUGCUCAACCUCUCCCACUGCCAGCUCGCAAGCAUCGACGAAACCUUUAACAUGAUGCUCAACCUGGAACGCCUCGUUCUUGAUAAGAACUACUUCGUCUCCCUGCCAGCACAGAUUGGAAACCUCAGCAAACUGGAACAUUUCAGUAUAGCCAACAACAACGUCGCUGAAUUACCGACCUCAAUAGGCUGCCUGACUGAACUUCGAGUACUGGAUGUGAGGAGGAACAACAUUCGCAAGUUGCCAAUGGAGCUCUGGUGGGCACACAAGCUGGAAACUCUCAACGCAUCUUCCAACAUUUUGGAGAACUUCCCCAAGCCAGCCUCUAGACAACCUCGGCCCGCAGGCGAGGAAGUCUCAACGCCGUCAGCAGUUAACAAGGCGAACCCCAUGGGCAGUCUUCCUCCACUACCCCCAAUCCCAUACGAAGAAUCUGUGGACUCUCGGAGGCCCAGUCAAAAUUCCUCAUCAACUUUGCUCAGUGUCGGACCUUCGCCGGUACCGGGCGGUGGUGACCGGAAGGGCUCGGUCGUAUCAGUAUAUGGUAAAGGCGGCAGAAAGACCUCCGUUGUGUCCAGAUCGACCUCUCAAGGCACCGUGCAGACAAUGACGCCGCCAUCUGUCAGAAAAGACUCCAGCUUAUCUUCGAGACUCUCAUCGACGUUUGCUGGAUCUUUGCGGAACUUGUAUUUGGCCGAGAACAAGCUCGACGACGAGGUCUUCGACCAGAUCACCAUGCUCAACGAACUGCGCGUGCUCAACUUGUCGUGGAACUACAUUAACGACAUGCCACAACGAUCGAUCAAGAGCUGGCCGCAAAUGGUUGAGCUGUAUCUGUCUGGCAACGAAUUGACGACAUUACCAGCGGACGACCUCGAGGAUGCCAGUCUUCUGCAGGUGCUGCACAUCAACGGCAAUAAGUUUACCAACCUGCCAGCCGAUAUAUCCAGGGCUAAGAAGCUUGCGGUACUGGACUGUGGUAGCAACUCUCUCAAGUACAACAUUUCCAACGUUCCAUACGAUUGGAAUUGGAACCUGAACCCCAACUUGAGGUACCUCAAUUUGUCGGGCAACAAGCGGUUAGAGAUCAAGCAGACUGUGAUCGGCCCGACCGCCGCCAACCGGGAGCAACUCGCCGAUUUCAGCAGAUUGCUGAACUUGAGGGUGCUGGGUCUCAUGGACGUGACGCUCACGCAACCCACGAUCCCCGACCAGAGUGAGGAUCGUCGUGUGCGAACGUCUGGUUCCCUCGCCGGUCACCUGCCAUACGGUAUGGCUGACACCUUGGGAAAGAAUGAGCAUCUGUCUACCAUCGAUCUCGUCGUCCCCCGCUUCAAUUCCUCAGAGACGGAAACACUUCUAGGCCUGUUUGAUGGCCAAGCUCUUUCCAGCGGCGGAUCCAAGAUUGCCAAGUACUUGCACGAAAACUUUGGUCACAUCUUCAGCAUGGAGUUGAAAAGUCUCAAGACAAACACAAACUCAAAGACCCCUGGAACUGCAGUUCCUGAAACCCCUGCUGAUGCGCUGAGACGUGCCUUCUUGUCACUCAACAAAGAUCUCGUCACCAUCGCGAUACAGCACACCGAGGAGCGCUCUCAAAAGACGCAUAGGGGCUCUGUGCAGCCGGUGGUGCUUAGCAAGGAGGAUCUCAACUCGGGUGGUGUGGCCACCGUAGUGUAUCUUCAGAAUACUGACCUCUACGUUGCCAACGUUGGUGACGCUCAGGCCAUGGUCAUACAGACCGACGGGACUCACAAAAUUCUCACCAGGAAGCACGACCCUGCGGAGCCGACUGAGCGCCAACGCAUUCGUGAAGCCGGUGGGUGGGUUUCGCGUAACGGUAGACUGAACGACCUGCUGGAGGUUUCUCGCGCAUUUGGCUACGUCGAACUCAUGCCGGCAGUCCAAGCCGCCCCUUAUGUCAGCCAUAUCGCCAUCAAGGAACAAGAUGACAUCGUCUUGAUCGCCACCAGAGAGUUCUGGGAGUACUUGGACCCUGCAUUGGUCGUCGACUUCGCCAGACAAGAGCGGAGCGAUCUGAUGCGCGCGUCGCAAAAGCUUCGUGACUUGGCCAUUGCCUAUGGUGCCACGAACAAGAUUAUGGUCAUGAUGAUGAGCGUUGCUGACCUUAAGAGGAGAGUGGAGCGAUCCAGACUGCACCGCGGACAAAGCAUGUCGCUGUACCCGUCUGGCAUUCCGGAUGACCUUCAGCAGCCCUUGCGCAGAGGCAAGAGGAACAAGGGCGACGUCCUUGACUCGACUCUGCAACGACUCGAAGCCGAGAUUCCCGCGCCAACAGGCAACGUUUCUAUCGCAUUUACCGAUAUCAAGAACUCGACCACCUUGUGGGAGAUGUACCCAGCAGCGAUGCGAUCCGCUAUCAAGCUGCACAACGAGGUUAUGCGUAGACAACUGCGAAGAAUCGGCGGAUACGAGGUCAAGACUGAAGGAGAUGCGUUCAUGGUGUCGUUCCCAACGGCCACAUCUGCACUCCUCUGGUGUUUUGCCGUCCAGAUGUCCUUGUUGGAGGUCAACUGGCCCUCAGAAGUUCUCAACUCCGUCUCUUGCCAAGCACUGUACGACAAGGACAACGCCGUGAUCUUCAAGGGUCUUUCCGUUCGUAUGGGCAUUCAUUACGGUGAAGCUGUCAGCGAGAUGGACCCUGUCACGAGGCGUAUGGACUACUUUGGUCCCAUGGUCAACAAGGCUGCUCGUAUCUCAUCGGUCGCCGACGGAGGACAGAUCACCGUCUCGUCCGAUUUCAUCUCGGAGGUCCAACGCUGUUUGGAGACCUAUCAGGACACAGAAAGGAAUGGAUCAACCGGGUCCGAAGACACGUUCGACGACGACGGAGGCUUCGCCGCAUCAAUCCGCAAAGACCUGCGGUCCCUCAGCUCGCAAGGCUUCGAGGUCAAGGAGAUGGGAGAAAAGAAGCUCAAGGGUCUUGAAAACCCGGAAAUGGUGUACUCACUCUACCCGCACGCACUAGCGGGCCGUAUUGAACACCACCAGCAACACGAGACCACCGUGGCCGACAAGCCCGCAAUCUUGCAAGCGGGAAGCGAGCUGGCGUUUGACACCGAGUCCAUCUGGGCUCUCUGGCGCGUCAGUCUGAGAUUGGAGAUGCUGUGCAGCUCGCUGGAAAACGUAUCUGGGCGUGGUCUGCAACCACCCGAAACGGAGCUGCUGGAGAGGAUGAAGCAUCGCGGGGGCGAAGUGACGGAGCGAUUCUUGCUCAACUUCAUGGAGCACCAAGUGAGCAGGAUAGAGACUUGCGUCACGUCACUGUCGCUUCGUCACAUUGUUAUUGGCAACGCUCCUCUUGCGCAACUGGAUGAUUUGCGAGCACCCAUGAACGAUAUUCUCGACUCGGUUGCGAAGCAGAUGGCUGAACUAGCACGGUACAAGGCGUUGUACGGCGAAUUGACCGAUGAGGAUCACGGUAGCGACACGGAGCAAGAGUAG